GCGUAGCUUGUCGUAGGCAUAGGUCACAAAUAGGAAACGCUGUCAUUAAGUUUGUCUCCUUCGGCUCGCCGUAGAUCGCCGACAUAUUGUUUGUGAGGAGUAAAUUCUCGCUGAGACAAGGAGAGCGUUGAGAUUUCAGCUUUGUCAUUAUCAGUGAUAAACGCAUAUAUCAGUGAAGAAAUAACGAUGGCAGAACCCUCAGCGAGUCCUGCAAAGGAUAAUUUCAGGAUGAACCGCUAUAAGAACAAAGCACUCAACCUGGAAGAGAUGCGUCGGAGGAGAGAGGAGGAGGGCGUACAGCUGAGGAAACAGAAACGAGAGCAACAGCUGUUUAAGAGGAGAAAUGUGGAGCUACUUGGUGAGGAGGGGGGCAUGUUUGACAGUCCUCUCAUGGAAUCCUAUGUCACUUCCUCCACAGCUCCAGAUGGAGUAAUUACGUGGGAUAUGGUUGAAAUGCUUUUCUCAGACGAUCCUGAACUACAGCUGGUCACAACACAAAGGUUCAGAAAACUGCUCUCAAAAGAACCUAACCCACCUAUUGACGAGGUGAUCAGCACACCGGGCAUUGUAAACAGAUUUGUUGAGUUCCUCAAGAAAAGUACCAAUUGCACAUUACAGUUCGAGGCUGCUUGGGCACUGACCAACAUCGCAUCUGGAACAUCUCAACAGACAAAGUUUGUGAUUGAGGCCGGUGCUGUACCUGUGUUUAUCGAGCUUCUCAACUCUGAGUUUGAAGAUGUUCAGGAGCAGGCUGUUUGGGCUUUAGGAAACAUUGCAGGAGACAGUGCUGUGUGCAGAGAUUUUGUGCUAAACUGUAAUAUCCUUCCACCUCUACUAGUGCUGCUGACCAAAUCCACUCGUCUCACAAUGACCAGGAAUGCUGUAUGGGCAUUGUCCAACCUCUGCAGAGGCAAGAAUCCACCUCCAGAAUUUGAAAAGGUGUCUCCAUGCCUGCCUGUGCUGUCCCGUCUGUUGUUCAGCAGUGACCCAGACCUGCUGGCUGAUGCCUGCUGGGCUUUGUCCUAUCUCUCUGAUGGACCCAAUGAAAAGAUCCAGGCGGUAAUAGAUUCAGGAGUUUGCAGGAGACUGGUGGAGCUGCUCAUGCACUCGGAUUACAAGGUGGCUUCUCCUGCUUUGAGGGCCGUUGGAAACAUUGUGACAGGAGAUGAUAUUCAGACCCAGGUGGUGUUGAACUGCUCGGCUCUCCCUUGCCUCUUGCACCUGCUCAGCAGUGCAAAGGAGUCCAUCAGAAAGGAGGCCUGCUGGACCAUCUCCAACAUCACAGCAGGAAACAGAGCCCAGAUUCAGGCAGUAAUAGACGCAAACAUCUUCCCUGUACUGAUAGACGUCCUACAGAAAGCAGAGUUUCGCACCAGGAAGGAGGCAGCAUGGGCGAUCACCAAUGCGACGUCGGGUGGUACGCCCGAACAGAUUAGGUAUCUGGUGAACCUGGGUUGCAUAAAGCCUUUGUGUGAUCUUCUCACGGUGAUGGACUCUAAGAUCGUGCUGGUGGCUCUGAACGGUCUGGAGAACAUUCUCAGACUGGGCGAGCAGGAAUCCAAACAGAGCGGCAGUGGGAUCAACCCAUACUGCAGUCUCAUCGAAGAGGCAUACGGGUUGGACAAAAUCGAAUUCCUUCAGAGUCACGAGAAUCAGGAGAUCUACCAGAAAGCCUUCGACCUUAUCGAGCACUACUUUGGAGUCGAGGAGGAAGAUGCAAGCUUGGCUCCGCAGGUGGAUGAGAACCAGCAGCAGUUCCUCUUUCCCCAGCAGGAGGCUCCCAUGGAGGGCUUCCAGCUAUAACCUGCCUUCAGACUCUUCCCAGCCCCUGACCUUUACAACUUUCCCCGCACCCCAUACCGGUCCUGAAUCAUCAUCAUCAUCCGCGCAAAUAAAGUUGCGACCGUGA